GGGCAGACCCCACCCAUUACACGGUCGGCCAUAUUUGAAGGAAGUCUCCUGUUUGGGACUUUGCAAUCGGACCAUCUUCAAGCUCUGUAUAGGAUAUCAGUGAUUAUACGUCCAGUCAGUUACCUGGCAAAAAAAUCAAAAUGCCGAAAGCGCAGGAUUAUUCAGUUGCAACUGAUAGUAGCAAGGGAAAGUUCUUUGGUCUGUUUGGCCAUGAAGCCCCAAUGAAUGUUCGCGUCACCACCAUGGACGCUGAGCUGGAGUUUGCCAUUCAGCCAAAUACAACCGGCAAACAGCUCUUUGAUCAGGUGGUGAAGACAAUAGGCCUGCGAGAAGUCUGGUUCUUCGGCCUCCAGUACAUAGACAUCAAAGGUCUAGCUACAUGGUUGAAACUGAACAAAAAGGUCGUCUCACAAGAUAUAAGUAAAGAAAGCAAUGGCUGCUAUCAUUUCAAAUUUAGAGCAAAAUUCUUCCCAGAGGACGUUUCAGAGGAGCUGAUUCAAGAAGUCACACAGCGCAUGUUUUUCCUCCAAGUUAAAGAAUCUAUCUUGAACGAUGAGAUCUACUGUCCACCAGAGACGUGCGUGCUGCUCUCAUCAUACGCUGUACAAGCCAAAUACGGGGACCACAAUCCAGACAUCCACAAACCAGGCUGCUUGUGCAAUGACAAGAUUUUACCUCAGAGAGUUCUUGACCAGCACAAAAUGUCAAGACCUGAAUGGGAAGAAAAAAUACUCAAUUGGCACAAGGAGUGCCGUGAUACCCCGAGGGAUGAAGCCAUGGUGGAAUACCUGAAGAUUGCUCAAGAUCUUGAAAUGUAUGGUGUGAAUUAUUUUGAAAUUAAAAACAAGAAGGGCACAGACCUGUUUUUGGGAGUGGACGCCCUCGGCCUUAAUAUCUAUGAACAUGAUGACAAGUUAACACCAAAGAUUGGCUUCCCCUGGAGUGAAAUUCGUAACAUCUCAUUCAAUGACAAGAAAUUUGUCAUCAAACCUAUCGACAAGAAAGCGCCUGAUUUUGUAUUCUAUGCUCCAAGACUAAGGAUAAACAAACGUAUUCUUGCAUUGUGCAUGGGCAAUCAUGAACUCUACAUGAGACGGCGUAAACCAGACACGAUCGAGGUUCAACAGAUGAAGGCCCAGGCCAAGGAAGAGAAGGAAAACAAGAAGUUGGAGAAAAAACAGCUCGAUGAAGCCAAGAGACAGCAACAGCAAUCGGCAAGCGAGAAGAACGAAAUGGAAAGAAAGUUAAGGGAGGCAGAGGAGGAACGGAUUCGUGUUGAAGCUGAGAGGGAGCGCUUGGCCCUCAUGAUCAAAGAGAACGAAGAGAGAGUCGCCCGACUUGAGCAAGAGCAACAAGAAAAAGAGGAAAGAAAUGUGCUGCUGCAAUCGGAGGUUUCGCUCGAGCAGCAGAAGAGAGAUGAAAUUGGAACCGCCGAGUUCGAAAGAUUGGCCGCGGAGAAGUUGCGCGUCCAGCAAGAGAAGGAAGAACAGGAUGCCCAACUGCAGGUGACCAGGGAACAAUUGGAAGCGACCGCCAGCAAGCUCCACGAGACGGAGACGCAGCUCGAGAUGCAGCGACAGGAGCAGGAGAGACUGGCGAUCGAACAGGAGAAGAAGCGACUCGAGGAGGAGAGACUCGCCCUGGAACAUGAACAGAUGGUCGCCAGCAUGCAGGUGCAGGCGACGAUAGUGCAGCAAGAGCACAGCGCACUUCAGGUCCAAGAGUCCGAAUCUGCUUCUGAACAUGAUGACGAUAACUUAGAAGACUACAAAGAAUUAACUGUACAAGAAAACGGUGAUGUUGCCCGCCCUGAGGAGGAACGCACCACACGGUUGGCCGAUUCAAAGUCAUUACAAGAACAAUUAAAGCUUUUGGGUGAAGAACUUAAGGUAGAAAAGAGAGAGGGCGUUGUAACCAAAAACGAUGAGCUUCACUUGGAAAACGUACGAGCGGGAAGAGAUAAGUUUAAAACGCUGAAGCAGAUCCGCAUGGGCAACACUAAGAGAAGAGUGGAUGAAUUCGAGGCCAUGUAAACACAAAACCACCAAAGUAUAUAUCUCGUAAUAACUGAAGAAUUUAAAUGAUACGUACAGUAUACUUUUGUAUUCAGAAUUUAAUCAAUCCUUAGAUUAUGUUUGUAAAAAGGGAGAUGGACUUGCAUGCCUCUGAUUCGUGAUAGACUGGUAUAAAAUAGAUAGGACAUGUGCAUGAUCCUUUGAAAUCUUUUUACCCAAUUGAUGUUUAGGAUCAGUCCAUCUCUUUUUCGAAGGAAAUCACUGUGUGUCCAUUUUGUAAUGAAUUUCAUAUAACAUUUUUAUGAAUCGAUACCGUCAAUUUUUUUUCUAAGGAAAUCUACGGUGAGGUCUGAUGUUAUGUAUACUACGAUAAUGUUUAGUAAGAUGCUGAAGUGGUAGUCUGUGCUUCUGUUGGCAGUGCUGCUCUGGCAUUGUUUCUUCAGGACCCAUGGCUUGAAAACCAAAUGAGUUGAUCCUGGAGUAUGAUAUGGGUAAGGUUAAAAUUGAUGAUUGUUUAUCGAAAUUGAAGAUGAGUGCUUGCAUUAAGUACACAAGAAAUACUGUCCUAUGGUCAUGCUAAACAAAUGCCCUUUAUUUAACUAAAAUGAGACAUGAUUUUAUGUUCGUAUAAUGGCUGUUGUUCCUCCGGCGUAUUGCCAUAACUUUGCCUGGGAGAAUUUCUGCCACUGAUGUUGAUCUUCCUGAUGGAAUCUGCAGCAUUUCAGCAUGCUGAACCAAUGACUCCACAUCCUUGGUAUUUUAUAUGUUAUGUACAAAGACCUGACGUGGGUAGUCGAGUGAUUUAUUCUGUGAAAGAUGAGGCCAUUAAUGCAACAUUCCACCAUGAAGACAUUGUCGAGGCCUGAGAGCCAAAUAAUUUUUGAAAUCUUUUUGGGAAAACUACUUUUCCAUGAAUUGUUUUUUUUUAUGAUCCCGCCUCGGUAUUGAUAAUUCCAGUGCAUAAUUCUAACUCUUACAAAUUGUAUAGUUUGGUACUAAUUUUGAAUUUUUCUCUUCAUUUGAAUUUCUGGCUGCUCCCUGCAGCUGCGAGUUGAUCCAUCUUUCUGUAAAUAGUGAAAUGACUACCCUGUGAUUCCAAGCUGUAAACUUUUACAGAGAAUGGCUAGUUUUCAGUUGAACACAUCUUGAUAUACAGUAAUCUGAAUUUGCAGACCCUAUUUCUGCAUUAAAUACACAAUUUAUUCUGCAUGCUCAUAUUCAGUGCUGCUACCAUUAUUAUAUUUGCUGUAAGGUUGAAUCGAUAGCUGCAAAUUAUGCUCUUUAUAGUAUAUCCUCGGUCGAUUUUGCUGGAAUAUGAAUUCCACAUGUCUAAUGGAUAUAUUCAAGUGUCCCCUUCAUGUAUAUCUAUUUGUAUUCUGAUACGUUUGGUGCAAAGUGUAGUUUAACUUCCAGUGAAGUUUACCCAGUGAUGAUGGUCAAAUAUGACUAGAUAUGUACAUAAAGGCCAUGCAACCUUUACUUAAUAGUGUACAUAGAUUUACGGAAGCAUUGCCAGGUGCAUGAUUGAGUGCAAGUCACUGCGUUUUCUUGGGUUUAUGUACUACAGGGCGUCUGUCCUAGUUUGCUCGAUUCGUAAUAUUUUUUAGGACUGAGAAUGAGUAUUAAAGUUAGGAAAUGCGAGUUGUUUUGUUGUAACAGGGUUGUUACUUGUUUCGCUGUACAGGAUAUCUGCAGUCAGUGCUUAAAGUGAAUAGUUCUGAUGCAAAAGCUAUUCCAGAAAAUAAAUUAUUAUGAAUUAUUGAAGCUGACAGUGGCUCAAGUCUAAACCGAACCAUUUCAUUGCAAACCUGAAGAUUCGAUUGAAAAGCUAUUGCAAAAACCAUCAGAGCCACAGCAGACAGGUUGCUGUCUUUGCUACAAUGUUUUAGAUUUUGACUGCUUGGGAAAGUUCGGCGCCAAUCUUAAAAAAUUCUUCCAGUUCUCAGAGGUUGUGUGCUGUCUAAUAAUAUACACUGGCUAAAUAAUCCUGGAUGUUCAUUUUGUCUGUAUGUUAUGUAUGAUAGUAGGCUACAGCUUAGCAAUGCCAUCGAAGCUGGUGGUAUGAAUGUGUUGGCAUAGAUUGUGAUAUUGACUAAUGGAAUAAAAUGAUGGUUUACAUCAGUAAACAUACGGCUGGUCAAAAAACCAACUUCAAGGUCAGUAUUCAGACAUCUUUGUUCUGGUGUCAAUUAAGUGUGAUGGAAUUCAGGAUACUUGACAAUCCCUGGUUGAAAUGUCAGUGAAUUCAAAAACUGGUAUAAAGAGAUCUUAAAGUAAAAUGCUGGAAAUUGAGUGAAAAAUUCCUUCAAUAUAAGUGUUCUCUGAUAUUUAAUGAUUACUGCAUAAAAUGCACAAGUUCAUCAGUUGGACAUCAUUAUGUAUAAGUCUCAGCAUAUGGGUAUGAUGAAUAAUUGGCACACUUUUAUGCAUAUGAGUGCACUAGCCGCUGUGUGAACUGACAAUGCAGAUUUUGAACCGUCUUGCAACAGCGAUUUAAUACCAUUAUAUUGUACAUAAAUAUAUUCAAACCAUAAAUCAUCAUAUACAAAUAAUGUAGUUUGAUUUUUCAAAAAAGAAAUCUGUGCGUCAUGUUCCUGGCAACAUUUGAAGAAGAAUCAGCAUUUGUUUUAUAUAAGGUAGUGCGAGUCUUAGUAAUGUAUAAUUUAGGCAUUUUCAUCUUUGUUUAUGUACUACUUUUGUCAAUAGUUUAUAUUCUAGUAAUUCUGGAAUCUAGGGAGCGUUCACAAAUUAUCUAGAUUUUUUUGUUUGGGUUUUCAUGCUGUAACAUAUCACAUGAUAGCAAUAAUGGAUUAAUCCAUUAUUGAUAAUAGCUAUAUGUAUUGGCAGGUUUCUGUAGUCACCAAACCCUGAACCAAAGAUGAUCUAAUGUUUGGCAAGACAUUUUGGAUGGUAAACGGAUACAGCAUACUAAUCAAGAAGACUCGGUACAUAUUAUGGUCUGUGUUGCAUGACUUAUCAGGCAAACUUCCGUGUCCUCAUGAAAUUCCAUUUUAUAUGUAACUUUUUACAGCUAUAACAUUGCAUACUUAACUUGCAUGCCAAUCUUUAACACUGGGGCAUAUCAAUAAGCCUGGUCUGUUUCAAUGUCUUCAAGUCAAGUUCAUCCCCAAGGACUUUACAAAAAAAACUUGUGGGCACCAAGGCCACAUUCUGCUUCAUUUGUGUUAUGCCGUUGGCAAGGCAUUUUACUGCAAUUGCCUUGUCCUAUUACAUGUAGACUUGACAGGUGACAUUUGAACUGCUCGGGAUCAAUUGUGGUGAUAUUAGGAGAAAAAUUGGCUUUAACAUGAUCCACUUUUUACCAGAUCCCUUGUCUGGAUGUAAAAUAUGUGCUCUUUUCCUACGGAAUAUUCUUUUCUUAGAUUGUAUUCAUAAUAAAAGUGUUCAAACUCCAUCUGUUGAGCGAUCUGUUCGGAAAUAAUUCAGCUCCACCUGUUAGGCUUUAACACUCUGUUUUCAGUUGAAAAUGUCCUACAGGAAACAUUGAGGAGUUCUGUAGUAGAAAACGGGUCUUUUUCUUGGAAAAUUUUCCUUGUUUUGGAAAUGUGGCUUAAAGUUGUUAAGUUUGUUAAUGAAAUGAUUGUGUUGGUCCAAGUAAGUGCUAUUCAGUCAUCUGUUUUGUUGUCAAACUGGAAUUGAGUUCUGGUGAGCCUCGGUUCAGUAUAGACUUUCCUGUGGAAAUCAUUCUUAAAUUUAGUUGGGUCAAGUUUUUUGCCCUUUUCGUUCCUCUCCAGGUUAUUGCCACAUGUUUUUUUCUGAUUUAAAAUUCCUUAGCUUUGAAUAGAUCCUGUAGUUUGUAGUCAAGUGUGUGUUGAAGCAAGGCUUGUCUGUGAAAUCUUUCCUUGAUUUGGCCCCAUAUUUUAAGUGCUAAAAGAGACACUGAGAACUGCUGAUUUGUCAGUUCUGGGGAGUGCAGUGGUGUGAAGGUGUUGGUCACGUAUCUUCAUUUUCACUAUCUGUACCUCUGUUCUUAAGCAAGAAACGUGAUUGAAUCAAGGUACUUCUCUUCAAAUGGUCCAUUAUCAAGUGAGAUAUUGAAAUUUUCAUCUGAAUUGGUUUUAAUACCCCAUUCCAGUUGUCAGACUUGACUUAAAUUUGUAAGGACAGCCAAUGCCAGGAUGAUUUCUCAUACAAGAUCUGCUGACACUGAUCUAUAGGACCUAUGUAUCCUUAGAAGUCAUUGCCAUAAGUUUUAAAUCCUAGGCCAUAUGGAGAAGUUCCCUCGCAAUCAUUCCAGGUGUGACUCGCAAUGUCUAAAUUUAUAGGACCAUUCAAUGUGCCUUGUGUGGGGACUAUCUAAAAUGUACAACUGUCCAGUGCGUGUAACCUUUGAAGAAUUAGAGGGAUAUUUCAAUUGCCGUCUGAUUUGAUGAUUCCCGUGUGGAUGCAAAUUCUUCUUUGUCCUGUGAAAGGUCAAGUUAAUAAUGUUAAUAACCAAUUGUCCCGACUGAUUGUUGUUACCCAAGCAUUAUAUACCUAACAUGUAGACUAGAAUAACUUAAAUAAACGAUAUUUUUCUCUCCAAAUUAAUCGCCUGUUGGGACCAAUUAUGACUUGCAUUUUGUUUUGUACGAAGACAUGACUCAAUUGGGCCAAGUGAUUUGAACGAGGAACUGCUGGCACUCUUGGGGGACAUGUGGUGUGGAUAAUGUGAAAGCAGCCAUUAUACCACAUGCUUGUGACCUUUGGCAAGUCACUUGACUUCAAUUGCCACGUGCUGUGGAGCAGUUCUUUUCAAGAAAACGGCAGGCAGUCCUGCCCUAUGAAAAUUCUGCUGUAAAGGUGAUACACAAGACAUGCUGCUUCUUGGCCCCUUUUGGCUCAUUUAUUUGUCCAAACUGAACGUGCAAUUCUUGAUUGGUCAUCGGAGGGUCAUGUGAUUUACGCGUCUUGAGAGGUCGAUAAUCAUAUUUGAUGAUUCAUGAUUUACAAGACGAUGAUGUUUGUUUGGUCUGUGAUGAAGACAAACUACAGAUUCCUAAAAAUCUUUAUUAGCAAUAAACAUCAAACUAAAA